AGCCUGAAUUGCCGAAGCAGCUUGACGAACACGAGUAGUCGCCUAAAGAGUACUCUCGCCCUCGUCGUAAUACGCGCUAGUGCUUAGAUGGCCGUUCCGCCUUGGGGCCAGACCCCUCACAGCUUUCGCGCCUUGGCCCGGCUUCCGGCUCCUAGAUUCUGGGCGAAACCGAAUCCACGCGGUUGACGAAUUCCUUCUGAUCUUUUCUCCAGGCGAUGAGCAUCGCAGCGAGAGCCAAGUUUCCCUCGUUUGUAUCACGGAGCACGGAAUUACUGUUAUUCCCCGCGGUCCCGCUUCCCACGCCUUUUUUUCCUCCGCGUCGCUCCUCGAUUGUUCCGCUUCCCUCCUCGUUCAGUCGGCAUGGCGAACUUGAGAGCUUUUCGUGUGUCUUGUACCACCGCGUCACAGCUCGCUGGUUUCGUUACCCACGCAAUCUACUUCUUCUGUCGCGCGCCUUCCCUGGGAGCCUCUUAGAUUCUCGUGGCUUUCCCUCGCUUUACAAUUCUUAACUCUCCCAAUUGAGCCACUUUCGCGCGAGCCUGAUUUAGUACUGUCACGCUUAGAAGUUGAGUUGGUGUUUUAGAAUUCUCAAAACCAAUUCUACGGCUCUUACCUUCUCCUCCACAACAGGCGUUGACCAGUUAAUUUCUCCCUCGCUUGAAGCAGCCAUGGCAACAAGCAGCAACGAGUUGGAUGCUUUCAGGGGGAAAUUGAUCGAGUGUCAGCAGAGCAAAAAACAGGCCGAUGAUGAGUUGGCUCAGCUGCUCGCACAAGCGCUGCAGCAGCUGCGCAGCCAGUCAGCCGAAGCAGCAUCACUGCGGGGGACGCUGGAUGUGAUGCGAGUCGUGAAUGCCAAGCUGGCAGCACGGAUUAAGGGAUCUGAGAAGGCGGAAGCUAGAGUGAAGGAGCUCGAGUGGGCAGAAGCUAGAGUGCAGGAGGUAGAGAAGCUGCUGGCAGUGAGGGCGAGGGAGCAUGAAACAAUGGACUCCUUGCGCGCAGUGAAUGCAGAGCUGCUGACCCAGGUGAAAGCGCUUGAGAGGGCGGAAGCUCGACUGAAGGAGUUAGAGCAGGUGGUCGUGAGUGCGAGGGAGUAUGAGACGCUGGACGCGCUGCGCGCCGUGAAUGCAGAGCUGAUGGCACGGGUGAAGGUGCUCGAGCGGGCGGAAGAAGCUCGACUGAAGGAGUUGGAGCAGGUGGUUGUGCGGGCGAGCCAGUAUGAGACGCUGGAUUCCUUGCGCGCAGCGAAUGCAGAGCUGAUGGCGCGGGUCAAGGUGCUCGAGCACGUGGAGGCUGGAGGGAAGGAGCUUGAGAUUAGGGUUGGAGAGAUUGAGAAAAUGGAGGCAAGGGUAAGAGAGUAUGAGACAAUGGAGGCAAGGGCAAAGGAUUCAGAUAGCUUGAGAGCGAAGGUGAGAGCUCUGGAGGAGGAAAUCGAGGGCCUGGUCACGAGGGCAAGAGAGGCGGAGUACCUGGACGCACGGGUUAGACAGCUUGAGGGGUAUGAGGAGGAAGCACGAGGGGCACGGGAUGUGGUGAAGCGGCUCACACGGGAGAUAAGGCAUUUGGAGUGGAAGGUGCACGAGCCUGAGCAAAGGGAGAUGGUGGAGAGGAUGGAGAGGAGGGUGAAGGAAAUGAGGAAAGAUUUGGACGAGAUGACGCAGCAGCGGAACGGGUUGCGCCAGCAGCUGAGGAACACCCUAGAGCACAGGGGGAGGUUGCGGCAACAACUGAUGGAAGCUCGGGACAUGUCCUUCACGGUGAUGCGUGACUGCUUGGGAGAUCUUAACAAAGUGUCAGCGGAGGGCAUACCACAGCUAGUGAACGCUAUAAACACAUACAUUCAGCCAGAGCUGGAGCAGGAAGGGGAAGACCUGGUGGAAGUCAACCCAGAGCCCAAGAUAGGGGAGGUCAUGAGGCUGUUAGCUGAUACCAUUGGGACACUGCUUGCUGCUGCUCCCAGGUUAUCGAGCUUGCAUAUACCACUAAAAGCCUCCUCAAGGCUCUUGUUUUGAGCCACUGUAGGUUAUGUCAACUUGAAUUCAAGGAUUAAACCGUAUAUUCAAAU